AUGUUUGAUGGUUUGGGAAUGAUGAUGUUUGGUGGAUCGACUCGUGCAUUUGAUUUGCAACUUCGGUGUUUCUCUGCGCCAUUCUUCGAAAGAGCUGACACAAAGAAAAUCAAUGAGCUAAAUCAUGGUGGUAAGAUUUUACUUCCACCUUCUGCUUUGGAUUUACUGGUUCGUCUUAACAUUGAAUAUCCAAUGAUGUUCAAAAUACAAAGUAUAGGCGAUCCUGGUGCUUUUACUCACUGCGGUGUUUUAGAAUUUUUGGCUGAAGAAGGCCGUUGCUACCUCCCAUCAUGGAUGAUGCGUCAGUUACAUCUUAAUGAAGGUGAAUGUGUUCGAGUGACCUAUUCUUCAUUACCAAAAGCUACUUAUACUAAGUUGAAACCACAGUCCACAGAUUUUCUUGUCGUUUCGAAUCCGAGAGCUGUACUAGAAGUAGAGUUAAGAAAAUUUGCAUGUCUCACCAAAGGAGACAUUAUUGCUGUCGAAUACAAUGACCAAGUUCUGGAAUUUUUGGUUAUGGAAGUGAAGCCUGGAACAGCUGUCUCAAUCAUUGAAUGUGAUAUGAAUGUGGAAUUCGACGCACCAGAGGGAUACGUUGAACCCGAUGCAAACAUACCUUCUAGCUCAAAUGUCGGGGUAGGAGGUUUUUUAAAACUUUGGUUUUUGUUUCUACAAAGUGCGGUGGGUAUGGUUUGGUACGAAACUAAUAUAUUGGUUGGUUUAGGGAGUUUGUUUGCUAAGAUGAAAAUUUGGUCUAUGGUGUGUUUGUCACUAUCGUCUACUUUAACAGCACCUAUGGUAGAUGCAGAAAUGGCAGGUACCACCAGUACAUUCACUCCAUUUUCUGGUGCUGGAUAUCGUUUGGAUGGAAAGUUAAAGUCAUCUUCUUCUUCUUUGGACAUGGAGAAUCUGGAGCGAUCACUCCCACAGUUAACUGUUGAUGUUAAUUACAGUCCUGGAAAGCUGGAUUUCAUAAGGUAUAAAUAUAAGUGUCGUUCACUUGUGGAGAAGGAAUUGGCGAAGGAGAAAGAACAAGCAAAUAAACAAUCAAACAUAUCUCCAUUUGAAGGUACUGGUCAUGUUCUCCGUUCCACUCGACGAUAA